AACAUUAUCGUUAUCAAUUAUGACGAAUCGUCGGCAAUUCGGAAUAGUCACCGACUACCGUUUUUAUUUAAUAAAUGUAAACUAACCACAAUAGUCAAUUUACAUUAGUUGUUAAAUCGUUUAUACCGUAGUCGCAACUCGUAAUGAGAGUUGUUCAUGUUAAACAUAAUGUUUAUGGUUAACACUGAGUUUUCUGUCCGAAGAUAAUGUUUGAUUUCACUACUCCUAAUUAUCGUAUUAUUAUACUUUAAUAUAACUAGUUUAAUGGUCAAUAGUAAAAUUGUUGAAAUACUACCAAACCUUUUUGUAUAAAAGUACUUUUUGACGAAAUGCGAUUACAUGAUUGGAAUAGUUGAUUGAUCUAAGUGAAAGCUCGGUGAAUUGUAUUAAGUCGUAUAUUUUAAAGUAAAAUAUUAUUCAACAUUCUAUUUGAAUUUAUUGAAUAGAUUAAUUGUUAUUCUCAAGUUAUUAAAAAACGUGUUAUGGUGGACAAGAAGAAAUCUGAUCAAAAAAAACCUGAACAAACAAAACCUGAACCCAGCAGACACUACACUAAUGAACUUUGCGAACUAUCCCCUGAGAAAGCUGAUGAGGUAGUUGGAAGAUCACUUAAAUUAUAUUAUAUGGUUGAUAAAUUCAAAACUACUCAGACAUUUGAAAAUAAAUUGAAUGAAUUUGUGGAAGCUAAUAUGCAUAUCUUAAGUCAACAAGUUAAAUUAUUUUUAAAAAAACCUAAACCUAAAGAACAUGAACUUACUGUGGAGUCUGUUUAUUCUGGAAUGGCAGGAAUUGCGUUACUAUAUAAUUUCUAUGCUUCUAAGACAAAUAAUAAAAACAAAACUAGAGAGAAGGCUAAACAAAUUAUUGAAAAAUGUAUAGCAGUAUUAGAUGAUAAAUCCAAUAGCGUGACAUAUUUAACUGGAAAGUCUGGUAUAUAUGUAACAGCUACUGAGAUUUAUAAAGACAUGGGUGAUCUUGAUAAUGCAAGAAAAAUGAUUGAAAAAAUCGUAGGAUUAUUAUCAUUAGCAUUAAAUGAAAAAAUGCCAGAUGUAUUAUUUUAUGGACGUGCUGGCUAUUUAUAUUCUUUACUACUACUUAAAAAGAUUGGUUGGGAAGACCCAGAAAGAGAUAGAUUAAUACGCUCGGUGGUGACAACAAUUUUUAACAAUGGUAUACGGACAUGUGUAAAGGAUAAACCAAGAAAAACAUCUCUUAUGUAUAAAUGGCACAACAAAAAAUACUUGGGAGCAGCACAAGGUCUAUCAGGCAUUUUGCAUUGCCUUCUCCUAGCAAAAACAUAUGUAACAAAGAAAGAACUAGAUGAUCUCAUUAAACCAGCACUUGACUAUUUAUUAACACUAAGGUAUAAAUCUGGAAAUUUACCAUCUUCCUUAUGCAAUGAUCCAGAUACUUUAGUUCAGUGGUGUCAUGGUGCUCCAGGUGUUUCACAUACUUAUGCAUUAGCUUACAAAAUUUUUCGUGAUGAAAAGUACCUUAAUGCAGCAGAACAGUAUGCUGACGUUGUAUGGAAGCGAGGAUUAUUAACAAAAGGAUAUGGAUUAUGUCAUGGUGUUAGUGGAAAUACCUAUACUUUUAUGACAUUGUACCAAUUAACUGGAAAAAGUAAGUAUUUGUAUCGAGCUGCAAGAUUUAUUGAUUGGUGCUUAACAACCGACCGUCAAAACAAAAUACCUGAUCAGCCAUAUUCAUUGUUUGAAGGUAUAUCUGGUGUCACAUACGCUCUGUUGGAUGUUCAAAAUCCCGCACUAGCUAAUUUUCCAGGGUUUUAAUAUUUGAAGAAAUAAGAAUAAUUUUAAUUUAUGGAUUAAACAUAUAUACUUUGAUAUUUGAUUAUUAUAUAAAUAUUAAUAUUAAGAUAAUGUUAUUCCUUUCCGUGUUCUACAAGAAUUUAAAUUCCAUAAAAUUAAAAAAAAAA